UAUUGGCAAUCUUUGAUUUUUUAUUCGAAACUUUGUAUUUAUUUUAAUGUUAAAACGCUUAAUUAAAGACGCAUAUCAUGUAAAUAAUUAUCAUUCAAACGUUCAGGAUACAAUAGGACUAUUUUCCGUCAAUUGUCAACAUGUCACGAACAGGAACGAAACUCGACACUAAAAAAGUGAACUCUGAACUGUUCACCUUGACUUAUGGUUCACUUGUGGCCCAGUUGCUUCAAGACUACGAAAAUGUAGAGGAUGUCAACAAGCAGUUGGAAAGAAUGGGAUACAACAUUGGAAUACGACUGAUAGAAGAUUUCCUGGCACGGACUGGUUCCGGUCGAUGCUACGAUUUUAGGGACACGGCGGAAAAAAUUCAGAGUGGUUUUAAGAUAUUUCUUGGCAUAACGCCAUCAAUCACGAAUUGGAGUCCAGCUGGCGAUGAAUUCUCCUUAUGCUUCGAGACAAAUCCUUUAACAGAAUUUGUAGAAUUGCCAGAUAAUUAUUCAAAUCUGAAGUAUUGUAAUGUUCUGCCCGGUGUACUUAGAGGUGCCUGUGAAAUGGUGCAGAUGGAAAUUGCCUGCUGGUUUGUUCAGGAUCAACUCAAGAAUGAUAAUGUGACCGAGCUGCGUGUAAAAUUCGUUAAAAGAUUAGAAGAUGCGAUACCAGCAGGCGAGGAUUGAAUAUAUUUAUUAUUUAGAUAUAUACAAAUCUUGUAUUAUCUAUGAUAUUGCGUAUAUCGUUAUAAUGAUAAAAUAUCUUGUAUCUUGCAUUAAGACAAUUGCAUUAUAACAAUUAGAUGUGUAUAUUUCCACUGCUUGCAUUCCGCAAACUUUCUAUUAAAAGUAAUAUAUGAUAUAUAUAAAUGUAAUUCUCAUGUUAAUCAUGUUAUUGUAGCAAGUGAGACAAGCAAUACAUACCAAAUUGUUUAAAAGUA